AUGAGUGGCGGCAACAACCCGCAGACGAGGUCUAUCCUGGACGAACUGAAGAGCUUCGACAAGGGCGGCUUCUUCGACCUCGGUCACCCACUCCUCAACCGCGUUGCUGAGAGCUUCGUCAAGGCCGCUGGGGUCCUCCGCUCUCUCUCUCUCUCUCUCUCUUUCUUUUUAUCCUUCUAUAUACCUCUCUCUAUCUCUGCAUCUAUCUAUCUAUCUGUAUGUCUCUAUCUCUAUCUAUCUUUCAAUCUCUGUAUGUCUCUACCUCUAUGUUUCUAUCUAUAUAUCCGUAUGUCUGUACGUCUCUCCCUCUAUGCUUCUAUCUAUAUAUCCGUAUGUCUGUAUGUCUCUCUCUGUACCUCUCUCUCUCUCUCUAUCUCUAAGCUGUCCGGUUUGCAGAUCGGGGCCAUUCAGGCUGUAACCCGCGAGGCGUAUUUCACGGCAGCGGAGAGUAAGCCCAACAAUACCAUUGUACCGCUCUGGUUAGCUUUCUUGACAUCUCUGAACCAUUUUCAGGUGCGGGCAUUGAAUCGGGAGGUCUCCCCGAGCUCCCCGGCGGCCGCAAGCACCGUCUGCCUGAAUUCAAAGGUACACCACUUUGACCAAGGAACAUCCCUCGUCUGUUUGACGGCCCCGUCUCUCUCUCUAUCUCUCUCUCUCUAAAACCGUGGUGGGGAUUUUGCAGGGGAGAACUACAGGAAGUCGCUGGAAGCCAUGGUACAGGAGAACACUCCGAUAAUCUCAUCAUCUUCUCUUUACUAUUAAGCAUCAAUGCGUUUCUCUCUCUCUCUCUCUUCAUGAAUGAACAGGUUAAGAGCACGGGAAAGGAGUCGUUCCAGUGGGGUAAGAUCGCCCAGACUCUCAAUCGCGUUCACUUACCAGUCCAUGCCGCAAGUUCCUCCUUCUCCGGCUAACAGACGACGUUUUUUUUCCUACGGCGGUUCAGGGCUCGCCGCCGGCGUCUACUCGGGCCUCACCUACGGCCUGAAGGAAGCUCGAGGAGAGCACGAUUGGGUGAGUUUCUUCAAGUAUGAUCCCCAAAAUGACACUGAAGGUCAAACCGGGGAGUCAUCUCCGACGAUCUUGGAGGGAUUCUAUGGGUCUCACCUCCUGUGUUGCUGGUUACAGAAGAACAGCGCGGUGGCGGGGGCUCUCACGGGGGCGGCGCUGGCGCUGACCUCGGAGGAUACGUCGCACGAGCAGGUAGUGCAGUUCGCCAUCACCGGGGCAGCGCUCUCCUCGGCCGCGAACCUCCUCGCCGGAAUAUUCUAG